UCUGAUUAAAAAAAGAUCCUCGUAGCAGCCAAUCAUAACGUCCUGAGCCCCGGGAACAGACUCAUAUCAGACAGCGUCACUGCACUGACCCCUUCUUCUCUCCAGGAUGCUGCUCUUUCUCGGCCUCUUCUUCUCUGCGGGCUUUUCCAUGGAGAUGAACCAAACCUCCAAGCUGCUGGGAGCGGAGAGCGGGGAGCAGUGCUCGGCCUGUGACUUCCGGGAGCACAGCAAGCAGAUGCGGCUCCACAGCAUCAAGUCCCAGAUCCUCAGCAUCCUGCGGCUCGAACAGGCUCCCAACAUCAGCCGGGACAUGAUCCGCCAGCUGCUGCCCAAAGCGCCUCCUCUGACGCAGCUCCUGGACCAGUACGACCCGCGGGUGGAGGAGGAGGACCACGCCACGACGGAGACCAUCAUCACCAUGGCCACCAAGCCUAAUCCAAUCACCCAGGAUGAGUUUGCCUCCUGUUGUCUGUUCAGCCUCAGUCCGAAGAUUCAACCCAAAAACAUCCUGCGUGCUCAGCUGUGGGUUCACCUGCGGCCCGCCGACAUGGUCACCACCGUCUUCCUUCAGAUCUCCCGCCUCAAACCCGGUAAGGAGGGAAACAACACCCGAGUCAGAGUUCGCUCCCUGAAGAUCGACACUGAUGUUGGUGCUAGCUCUUGGCAGAGCAUCGACAUCAAGCCUCUGCUGCAGGCUUGGCUGCGUCAACCAGAGACCAACUACGGCAUCGAGAUCAACGCCUACGACUCCAGUGGAGCAGAUCUGGCUGUCACCUCAGCAGAGCCUGGAGAGGAAGGACUGCAACCAUUCAUUGAAGUGAAGAUCCUCGACCGCCCCAAGAGAUCCCGCCGUGACUCGGGCCUCAACUGCGACGAAGAGUCUGCAGAGACCCGUUGCUGCCGCUACCCGCUCACCGUCGACUUUGAGGAGUUCGGCUGGGACUGGAUCAUCGCUCCCAAACGUUAUCGGGCCAACUAUUGCUCAGGCGAGUGCGAGUUCAUGCACCUGCAGCAGUACCCGCAUGCACACCUGGUGAACAAGGCCAACCCACGGGGCACUGCGGGGCCCUGCUGCACGCCCACCAAGAUGUCGCCCAUCAACAUGCUCUACUUCAACCGCAAGGAGCAGAUCAUCUAUGGAAAGAUACCGUCCAUGGUGGUUGACCACUGCGGCUGCUCCUGAAGAAACCAUUUGCAGGCUCAAUUAUAGAAGCUUUGUUUUCAGCAAACGCGAUGCAAAAAUUCUUUGAUUUGUUAAAACCCAGUAACAUCUAAUCUAGAGGAGCGAUGCAAGUAUUUUUGAGGGCGACUCCUAAAGUUGUUUUUAUUCAUACUUUGUGCUUUUAUCCAAAUAAAAGAAAUAUCACAAAAAAAAAACCUUAGAUAUGAUGGAAAACAUGAUAGAAACAACAGUCGGACGGACAAACUAAAGGUCAUAAAAGCACAACAGAGACAACAGAAAUUCUUAAAUAAUCUAAACUUUACAAAAAAUGCAAUAAUAAAAGUCGCGAAGUUGCAUCCUUAUCUUCGAUAAUGUGAAGGAGGGAUUUAAAUCAAAUCCAACAGAUUUCACUGGAUCGCUCAAAGUGGGCACA